GCAACAGAAACGCGGUAUAUACGACGACGCUUGGCGGAUAAAGGACAUGAUGACGCUGAAGACUCAGAGAGUGGCGGAGCCGCAGUAGUGGUAAGUAGCAAUUAGAAACUCCUCCUUGUUGCUGCUCCUGCCGCCGCCGGCAUCGCCGGAGAAGACAAGGCGACGAAAGAGGAAAAGAAAGAAGGUUGGUGAUGAGGUCCUUCGUGGAUGUCGAUCCCGACUCCCACUUCCCGCUGGAGAACCUGCCCUUCGGCGUGUUCAAACCCGCCGAUGACAAGGAAGGCCGUCCCGGCGUCGCUAUCGGCAAUUUCGUCCUCGACCUCUCGGAGAUCGCCGCUGCCGGCCUCUUCUCCGGUCCCAUCCUCUCCGGCAACUCGCAAUGCUUCUUCCAGCCAUCUCUCAAUAUGUUUCUUGCGAUGGGAAGGCCUGCAUGGAAAGAAGCACGUAUGACGAUUCAAAAAUUGCUUUCAGCUGAUGAACCAACAUUACGGGAUGACCAAAUCUUGAGAAAGAAGUCACUUUUCCCUAUGGACCAAGUGAAGAUGCUGUUGCCUGUUAGGGUGGGUGACUACACAGACUUUUUCUGCUCCAUGUAUCAUGCAAGAAACUGUGGGACCAUAUUUCGUGGACCUGAACAUGCAAUUCCUCCUAAUUGGUUCCACCUUCCAAUUGCUUACCAUGGAAGGGCAUCAUCAAUUGUGAUUUCUGGAACUGAUAUCAUUCGCCCAAGAGGGCAAACUCAUCCUGUGGGCGAUUCUCAUCCAUAUUUUGGGCCAAGUAAAAAGAUGGAUUUUGAACUUGAAAUGGCAUCUAUAGUUGGUACUGGAAAUGCUUUAGGUACAAGUGUGAAUGUAAACGAGGCAUAUGAUCAUAUCUUUGGAUUUGUUCUGAUGAAUGACUGGAGUGCAAGGGAUAUCCAGGCGUGGGAAUAUCAGCCUCUUGGGCCUUUUCUCGGGAAGAGUUUUGGUACAACAAUUUCUCCAUGGAUCGUGACUCUAGAGGCUCUGGAACCAUUUGCUUGUGAUUGCCCUAAGCAGAAUCCACCUCCAUUGCCAUACUUGACUGAAAGUAGGUCCAAAAAUUAUGAUAUUAAAUUGGAGGUACGACUCAAACCUGCUGGAGAAACCCAAGAAUCUGUAGUCACAAGGAGCAACUUUUGUAACCUAUAUUGGACAGCCACUCAACAGCUUGCGCAUCACACUAUAAAUGGAUGCAACUUAAAUCCUGGUGAUUUGCUAGGAACUGGGACUAUCAGCGGCCCUGAUCCAGAAUCUCUUGGUUGUAUGCUGGAGCUCACUUGGAACGGUCAAAAGCCACUUACCCUACAAAAUGGCUCAACUAGGAGUUUUUUGGAAGAUGGGGAUGAAGUAACUUUGACAGGAUACUGUCAGGGUGAAGGCUACAGGGUAGGCUUUGGUGAAUGUUCUGGGAGGAUUCUACCAGCACCCAAAUGAGAAAAUAAAUCUCGAACUUUUUGUGAACAUUCUGUUGGAUUCUGAUACUGAUCAGUCUUGAGAGUGAAUUAUCAUGUGCAUGAAAUCUUAUACCUAUCCUAAAUUUCAAUGCUAAUGAUAUCUGAUAUUUGGAGGUAGCUA